AUGGCAUUGGCUAGCGGUCAUUGGCUAGACAAAGAGAUGAAGGGAGAGGCUCCAUGUCCCAGAUAUGGCCACGCUUCAGCUUUGGCAGGGAACAUCGUCUUUCUCUUUGGAGGAGCCUCCAACUACAACCAAGAGGACAACCCUGUUCACUUUGAUGACUUCUACAUGCUAACAGUUUCCCCAGAUGAUGUAAUAUGGGAGCAGAUUCCACAGAGUGGAGAGGUUCCCACAGCCAGACAAGGCCACACUCUCUGUGUUGUUAAAGGGAAGGUGUAUGUGUUUGGCGGUGUUUCCAAUCCCAAGGCUGCUGAAUGUCUCCCGGGGGUCUUCAGUUUUGACAUAGUGUCCCUGACCUGGGAUUGCCUCACGGUCGGAGGUGUGAUACUCAGAACCUGUGGACAUAGCUCUGUUGCUGUCAAAGAUAACAUCUAUGUGUAUGGAGGAACUCUCGGGGGGAUAGCAACUGAUGACCUCAUGGUCUUCAACACAGUGUCCUACACCUGGACACCAGUUAAGACAAGUGGCUCACCACCUCCUGCCAUGUUUGGACAGGGUUGUGCUCAGGUUGGUGACCAGGUUUUCAUGUUUGGGGGUUAUGGAGACAGUGGAGAAUUCUGUAAGGACAUUCAUGUCCUUAAUAUUGAAAACUUGGUUUGGCAGAAAUGGGAGUCAAAGGGAGAGUUGCCUGCUGCCUGCAGUGGAUAUACUUUGACUGCGCACCAUGACAAAGAUAUUUACCUGUUCGGAGGCAAAAGCUCAAAUGAUGACCAAUCAGUGACAUCAUCCAAUGAGAUUCACAAAUUCAGUAUUGCUAAGAUGAAAUGGAAAGUUCCUUUGUACGUUGGCAUUCCUCCUGCCCGACGAAACGGACACACCGCCUUUAUCGUUCACAGCCAUUUGUACAUAUUUGGAGGAAAGAAUGAAGAGCAAGAAUUUAAUGAUCUGAAAGUAAUGAAACUUAUCAAUCCCUCGGAGAGGCAACCAGUCAUGAAGGAGAUUCUGUCUGAAUUUGGUCUUCAGGGACUUAGUUACAGUUUUACUCCCACAAAAAUUCCCAACGUUCGCUAUGAUCUGAGUGACUCUUCUCCAGCCAACCAGUCCAAGAGUAUAACAGCUCGUGGGCAGAUAUUUGUCCACAGAGACUUCAGUGCAGUUCGAGACAAGGCCAUGUCGAUGAUCCAGACUGCGUUCACUCUACUUGACCAGGAGUUCCAGAAGCUAGAUCAGGAGAAGAGAACGUUGUCAAAAUCUGCUGCUGCUCUGCAAAUAGCCAGAGAAGGCCACGAGGCUCAGAAGCAACAACACCAACAGGAGUUGCAGGAAAUGCUCGACAGACAUCGUUCUCAGAACGAGGCAUGGCUUCGCGCGAGAGCUGAGGAAAAUGACAGAGAAAGGAGGGAGCUCUGCAGACUGAGGGAGGAAGUGCUGCAAGAGCAAGAGAAGCUAAAGGAGGAGCACAGCAGCAUCCAGAAACGGAGUGAACAUCUUCUAUCUAUUAUGCAGCAGUUUAAAGGGAUGUAA